ACGUGUAUUACUUACUCCUGGUUCUGUUUUACAGUUCUUCAGAGUAAGAUCCUUUUGACCAGACCCAUUGUUGCAUCUCCGAUCACCUUUGAUCGUCUGACUCUGACCCGUCAAAUCCACACACCUCCCGACACCGAUGCCCCCUCCAAGGCUGCAUCUCUGCACUGGAUAAGUGAGCGAGUUGUCAGUGUCAUCUUGCUGGGUCUCUUUCCUGCGGCCUAUGUGUACCCAGGACCUGUCGUGGACUAUUCACUGGCUUUGAUCCUCACUCUUCAUGGUCACUGGGGUCUUUACCAGGUUAUAACUGAUUAUGUCCAUGGGGAAGCAUCGGUUAUAGUAGCCAAAGGAUUUCUGCAUGUACUGUCGGCUAUGACCUUCACAGGCCUCUGCUACUUCAACUACACGAACGUGGGUAUCUGCAAAGCGGUGGCUAUGCUGUGGAGCCUCUGACCUACCACUGAACUUCCAGCACAAAAUGAUUGUUCACUGCUGCCUUUGCUUCAUCAUCUAAUUAUUAAAGCAUUCAAUGAGGGAGAUUUUUUUUUUUUUUUUUAAAGUGGAGGAGGUGGGAACAGGCAGUUAGUUAACCCCCCAAGAAGAGCUCAGUGGCACUUUGCUAGGAGAGAAGAAUAGACUGAAGUGAUCUGGAUGCUGACGAAGCUUCAGGUGUAAAUUGGGGUGAAUUACUAGGGUUACAUCAGCAAUAAUCCCAUAUGGCUGAAACCUAUUUCCCAUUAGAAUAGCAUCUUGGCUAAGUUGGUUGCAGCCUGAUUUUUGCAAAGAAAAUGUGCCUGUGGAAAGUUGAAUCAUUGUUCCUGAGAUUACAUCAAGUGUGUGUGCAACCUGCCUCAUGUAACUGAGGGGGCCCUGAGAGUUGGUGUGAAAAAGGGACACUUUGUUGUUGUUAAUCCAUUCAAUAAAGAAUUUACAGAAGACA